GUCAUUCAGAAACAAUUAUUUUUUUAGGUAUAUUCACGGGACUAUUUUGUGCAACUGUAGCAAACGGCAAAGGUUCAGUUUUUCAGGAACCCUACUUUUUGGUGGCGUUCAUAAUUACUCUAAUUUGUAUGAUUGCUUUUUUGGUGAUCAUGACGAGACAGCCAACAGCCGAUCUGGAUAUUACGUUUAAGGUACCUCUAAUCCCCUACAUACCCUGUCUUAGCGUAAUCUUCAACUUGUAUUUGAUGUUAGAAUUGGAUCUGCACACUUGGAUAAGAUUUCUAGUUUGGCUCUUCCUGGGUUUAAUGAUCUAUUUCUUUUAUGGAAUAUCACACAGCAGCGAAAAUCUAUCAAGAAUUAUAACGAAGAAACCAGUCAGUGGAUCUGAAAAAGAAGUAACUGAAUUUUGAUAAUGCUGAACGAGUGCGAAUGAGUAUGACAAAGUUCAAACGAAUUUUUAUGUAUAAAUGUAUGUAUGGACCGGAGACUACAAUUCUUGAAUGGCAAGCUGUUUUAGAGGAUCUGGAAAACUAGACUCAUUAUUUGGCAAAUACAUCACACCUAGUUAUUAAUAUGAACUGAAAAUGUUUCCUCCUGAAUGAAUGUGAUAUGAAGAGUUUAUAUUUAUUCUACGAAGGGAUAAUUCAAUAUUGUAGUUCUCGUAUGUUCAAAUGUGAUAAUUAAUUUUUUGUCGAAGAAUGACGGGGGUUUCACUUUCAUCGUUUGAUAGUUAUAUAGAUUUGAAAGAAAGUAAGAAUUAUUGGAACGAAAUGUACAUAUUCAACGAAAGUCAUUUUUUGUGGGGGUCGAUAUGAAAUGUACAUGUUCUCACAUUCCAAAUUUUUACGAUUAUUUGAGUCAGUAAUGUCAUUCAGCUGUUAAAAAAAUUGCUGCAAAGAAACACAUUAUAUUUAAUGAACUCAAAGUCUUUCAUGCGGCACCCAUAGACCAUCAUAUCAUGAACUUUACUGGGAUUCUACGAGUAGAAUUCCUGCUUUUAGCUGGAAAACAGCAUUUUCACUCUAGAUUAUGGACUACUAAUGGGCUCAUCACUAUCAUCGCUGAUAACAAAUAUAUCCAUGAAAUGUUUAGAAGAGCUUUUUAUUGAGGAAUUUUAUACAAAACCAUUAGAAAAACAAGUUGCUACGAAGACGACCGUUGUAAAUAAAUAUAGGGCUGUGGUAAAAAAAUCAUUGAAAAUAUUAUUACAUGAGCUCUACUCUAUCAAGAUAUGAUUCUAUUGAAGUAUCAGAUAACGACUGUGAAUUUUUCUCUAUUCUAGGGUUAUAGCAUUGACUUCAUAAAGUAUGUUUAUAAGAUUUGUGAAUGUAGUAUUUGAAAGUUUUUUAUCGUAGAAACAAAAAGACCGUAGUAUAAGUUUAUAGUAGGUAUAAAUAUCCGGAAUCAUUCAUAGAUAGUAGUAGAUACAAACAUAAUUCAAUUGCUAGCAACAUGAUCCAUUUUGAUAAGAUGUUAUGCCCUUUAAUUGUUCAUUUUUUCAUACUUUCACGAUAUUUCAUGUUUUUAUAUUUAUUUAUACCUAAUCUUCACCACUUCAUCUGAUCUGAUCGGAUCAUUUAAGUUCUAUAUUUUUCAAAAAUUUUUAUUUUGAUUUGAGUUGUCACCAGUUGCUGGUAAUUUUGGAGGACGACUUAUAUAACCAGAAGAAGCUACUGUAAAGCGAAACACGUGUUGAGUUUUUGUUAAACUGUUCAGUGAAAAUCUUACAAUGAAGUGUUUCUUGUAUAAAGAAAAGAAUAAUAAAGAUAUUUUGUCAUCAUCUCUAAGACUAGUUCAGAGAUGAAUAUUACCCAAUAAAAAUUGCUUUUCUAUGAGAAUUUUUAGUGGAGAUAGAUUGACAUAAGAUUAUUGAUUAUCGUUGAAAUGUUCAUUCAUGUCUUUGGGUCUCUCUUGUGGCAUUUGUUUCUAGUCAGUGUGAUAUAAAUAUAUUUUCCAUCCGUCCGGUAUUGUUUUGAUGCUGAAUCUAAUACAUGUUUUCAUAUCGAUAGAUUUUGAUUUCUAACUGCAAAUAGUUUUAUGAUUAUUUCCUAGAUGAGUAUUGUUAAAUAUAAGUCUAAUUGUAAUACGCUUGAUAGUGAAAAAAAUAUAAAAAACGUUCAAUCACAUUAUCACGUAAGUGCCUCAUACAAUUUGUAUUAUUUUAUUCAGAGUCUGUAAAUGAUUUUUUCAUUUUGUCAUUUAUGUGAUCCAUGUGUACUAUCGACUUGAAUUUGUUUCUAAAAUUCAACAAUAUAGUUUACAAUAUUAUAUGUGAAAGUGUACAGACAAUAAAUGACAGUUUCAAACUGA